CCUCUUCGCAUUCGCAUCCCCCUCUUCUCUCUCUCUUCCCCUUGUGCCGGUGCCUCUGCUUCUCUCCUGCGCAGCCUUUUUCGCUUCUCGCUCCUUCCUUUCUCUCUCUAAAAAAGUGGUUUUCAGCUGGGAUUCUCACCUCUUUCUCGAAGCUCCUGGGCUUCUGUUGCCGGUCCUGACCCCGCGGAGGGCUCGGGGGGGCGCCGAGACGCCGCCCGCUCCGGCGGAUCUGAGGAACCGGCGAGGCUGGUUCGCCUCUGGUUCCUCGUAAACUUGAUUGACCGGGAAACACACUGAAGAAGAGUUUGUUGGCAACAUAUAUUCUCCUGAAGCUGUUUUGAAGUUUGCUGAUAGGAAUCAUGGGCGCGCUCUGCGAUUUCUGCGGGGCACAGAGGUCCAUGGUUUACUGCCGAUCAGAUGCAGCAUCCUUGUGUUUAUCAUGUGACCGUAAUGUUCAUUCAGCUAAUGCUCUUUCUCGGCGCCAUACAAGGACCCUUUUAUGUGAUCGGUGUGCUUCACAGCCUGCUAUGGUCCGCUGUCUAGUGGAGAAUGCCUCGCUUUGCCAAAAUUGUGAUUGGAAUGGCCACAGUGCAGGAUCCUCAACUGCCGGACACAAAAGGCAGACUAUAAAUUGUUACUCAGGGUGUCCAUCAUCUGCUGAACUUUCUAGAAUCUGGUCCUUCGUUUCAGAUAUUCCUAAUGUAGCACCUGAGCCCAACUGCGAGCAAGGAAUCAGCAUGAUGAGUAUUAGCGACAGUGGUGUCAGUAAUCAAGACAAUGCUGCAGGGGACAAUAAUUUGUUAGAUAUGGCUAGUGCAACACUUAUGAGUGAUCUUGAUACUUGUGACAAGCCUUUGGUAGGCUCCUCUUCAGGAGCUGGAGUAAAUCUCCUUCCACUUGCUACUGAUCAGGCAGCUGGAUCUGUGGAUUCAACAACACCUAAGGUGCCCUAUACGCCAGAUAAAGAUAUGUUCAGCAAGGACAGCAUAUAUGAAGAUUUUUGUGUGGAUGAUGUUGACCUUGCAUUCGAAAAUUAUGAAGAAUUAUUUGGUACCUCUCAUAUUCAAACAGAGCAACUCUUCGAUGACGCUGGAAUCGACAGUUACUUUGAAGUGAAUGAAGUGCCUGCUGGGAAUUCUACCGAGCAGCCCAAGCUGGUGCAGCCUGCGAAUAGCAAUGCGGUAUCUGCUGACUCUGGGAUGUCGAACCCAGGAGUGAAAGGUGAUUCUAGUGUUUGCAUCCCUGCAAGGCAGGCUAGGUCCAGUCUGUCUCUUUCCUUUUCUGGUUUGACUGGUGAGAGCAGUGCUGGAGAUCAUCAAGAUUGUGUGGUAUCAUCACUGCUCCUUAUGGGUGAGCCUCCUUGGCAGGCUCCUGGCCCUGAGAGUUCCACUCCUGGAGGUAGCAGAGACAGUGCUAUCACACGGUACAAGGAGAAGAAGAAGAGAAGAAAGUUCGACAAGAAGAUCAGGUAUGCUUCUCGCAAGGCUAGGGCAGAUGUGAGAAAGAGGGUGAAGGGACGGUUUGUUAAGGCUGGCGAAGCAUAUGACUAUGAUCCUCUCAGCCAAACAAGGAGUUACUGAAGCAUAUGACCUUUAUCCGGUGUUAGAUUAGCAAACUUAAACCAAAGCUUGUUGCAGCUGGCACAACACAAAAGCAUCUGAUACUCCAAGCAAUUGGGCAAGAUAAGUGCCUUUGAAUGAAAAGGAAAAAAUGAAAGCAGUCAGCAAGACAAAAAAGAAGUGAAAAAUAUUUGGAUGUUUCAGAAGUUUUUUGGAUGCACUUCCUCCUUUUUCUCCUGUACAGUGGAUGGAGUUUGCAUCUUCCGUUUCUUUUUGGGGGAGCGAUUUGAGUCACUCUUCACCCUUUUGUGAAUUAGACUGGAUACGACUAAACAGACUCUUGUUGCAUUUUGAUCUCCAUUGUGCUGGCUGUGUGGCGUUGGUCCGCAUAGCCUUGCUGCGAUGUUUUUGGCUGUGUUCUUCCUGAUUAGACACUGUAGACCUGACCCGUGAAAUUUCCUGCGGUACUUUGUUUAUUAUUAUGAUGUAAACUUUGCUUGGAUCUGGAAUCUUUCUGCUAUUAUGAAUGAGUAAAUACCAGGCCGGAGAAAAACUGGUGGUGAGUUUGAUCUUUUUUA